AAUCGGACAACAACCUCGUUCUUUAAACUGGUUUCAGUAAUUGAUACCGUCUCCGACGAAAAAGCACGAAACAGCAGAGUUUUAUUAGGUUGUAGAGUAAAAAUCAGCCCAGAACCGCCGGUGGAGGAUGGGAUCUGAAACUCCUUCAGUCAUCAUGCAGAGUUUGCUGGCAGGCCUCUGAGAGGAUGCUCCAUUUAAUGGUCUGCAAACAAACUUAAUGCUGUGAAAAAUGGGUGGUGCCAGUGUUGACAGAAGUGUCAGAGAGCUAGCUAGACUAGUUAUAUUAGUUGGAAAGGAAGUCCACUCUAGUAUGUUUGUCACAGAAUUGUAAGAAAUCACUGUUUGCCCCAAGUUUGGAGGACGUUUUUUUAAGUAAAUUGUAUCGAAUUUCAAAAACUAAGAAGCCGAUGGACUACAGCGAGAAAGUGCUGUGUGGAACGGGGGAGGUGGAGCUGGAUCCAAACAUUGUGAGUGAGGAGGCAGGAAAACUUUAUGCAGAACUACAAAAUGUUAUUGAGACUCAUGGUGAAGGAGUGGUGGAGUCCCUGGUGCCCACAUUCGUGUGGGUCUUGGAGGGGCUGGCUAACUGCAAAGCCCAGCUGAGAGAAAGAGAGGAGGAAGCAGAAAGGGAGAAAGCUGAGCGAGAGGAGCUGCUGGAGAGAUACCAAGCAGAAAAAGCUCUGAGGAAGGAAAGUCAGGAGAAAUAUUUAGAACUGGAUGAUCAAUUCGAACAAGAGAGGCGAGCCAUGAGGGGAAGAGAAAAAGAGAGAGAGCUGCGGGAGAGAGAUCUGGAGAAGAAAGCAAGACACCAAGCUGAUCAAUUGGUGGCCUUGGAGGAGCAAAAGACGAAUCUUUCUAGAGAGCUGAGUACACUGAGAAAUGCUCACAACAAGUUGACUAACUCGUAUCGAGAACUUUUGGAGAAAAGGAAGGACUCUGAAACGGAUUAUCCUUUAAGAAACCACUUCCGUCCCAAGAACGCAGAAUUUCCAUCUCAAGUGUUAUCCAGAUCCAGUAUUAAUGAAAAAAUUAUUCAGAGACCACACUCAAACUCUGGCCCACCAUCUCUGGAAGCUCUAGAAGCCAAGGAAGAAAAAGUGUUUGCUGUUACUGCAAAACCUGCAACGGAUCUGUUUGUGGCUGACAUCAUAAGCUCCACGCCUGAGCUUACACAGUUUCACAACAAUGUAAAAGCAAGCACCCCUGACAAAUCUAAAACUGAUGAGUCACUAACAAAUGAACCGGAGGAUGAGUUGAGGAACUUGGAUGAGCUUCAGGUGGGAGAAGUAAAAGGAGAUGAGGUGAAGGAAAAGAACCAGAAGGAUGGGGAUGAGAUGGAUGAAGAUGACUGCAUAGAGUGGGACCUCCGCAACACAGACUCUGUAUUCUCUGAACUGUCAGAACUGAGUCGAGAUUAUUUGGAGAGUGUAGACCGAGGGGCCAGCAUCAGAGGCAGUGCAGACCAGUUUGAGGAGAUUCUUUCCCAGUUUGAGGAACUGAAAGUCCUCCAUGAGUCAGUUGAAGCUGCUCGUAAGGCGCUGAUAUCCCGGGUGGUUGAGCUGACCGACGAUCGCUCUGCCCUCACCCUGGAAGUGGCGACUCUUCAGGAAACUGUGGCGCAUGUAGAGGGACGGCUAAAGGAGAAGGAAGAGGAAAUAAAGAGACUACGGAGAGAACUGGAAACAUGCCAGCCUGAGGAUCCUGAUGCUGCUUUGCCCACAUCCAUGCGUCCAUUUUCGCGCUCUGAAAUGGCUCGUGUGGUCAUGGAGAAGAACCAGUACAAGCAGCGUCUGUUUGAGCUGCAGGAGGCUCUGAGACACAGUCAGACAAUAAGAGCAACAAAAGUGGAGAAAUUUACAGAGGACAGAAAGUCAAGUGUUUGGAAAAAAUUCAACCGCUUGUUUGGCCUGUCCAAGGAGCCUCUGGUACCCGCUCCGACAUCUGCAUUGGUUCUGCCAGCUUCCUCAUCACUGAGCCGCUCUCCCCAGGGGUCUUCACAGCUACCAACAAUUAAUAAAACCCAGCCUGAAUCUGCUGCUCCUGCUGGUGUUUCACCCCGCGCCCGGAGGAGGGAACUCUACAGAGAAAUCCGCUCCCAUGUUUGGGGAACUCUAGGAAAGCGACACAUACAUGGCUGGAGUUUGCCACUGGCCAACACCCAGCAGUCUGGUGAGCCUGUUCCAGAGCCUAAAGAUGUGCCUGUCUUGGUCCAACUCAGACUCUUAGACCAAAGGGACUCCACUGCCAAGCUUAACUGUGCUGUUGCAGUCACACCUGAGAUCUCAGGAGAAGCCACAUGUUCGGUGUGGGUUGUUUCGGGUCCUGCCUCUUGCAGUGAAAUCACGGUGAUUGACCCAGCACGGUCCAACACAGUACUGGAUCAGUUCAGCCUCCCUCCCACAGCCCCUGCCCUCUGCAUCUGUGCUGUACCCCCCACAGAAAACUCGGCAGGGACUGUGUGGAUUGGAACUCAGGAAGGAAGUAUUCUAGUUCAUCCAGCCUCUGCAGGAAGGAGGCGAUGUGUGCAGACAGUAUGUCUCACAGAGGGUGUGCAUUCACUAGUGUACUCCAACAAUCAGGUUAUUGCUGGUUUAGCUGAUGGUACUCUGGCAUUUUUCUCUCAAACUUCAGACGGAUGGAAUCUGCAGUCGCACUCCGUGAUGCCUCUUGGAGUAAACCCUCUGCAGCCCAUUCGCUGCUGCCUCGCAAAAGGUGCUCGUCUGUGGGUUGGAUACUGGAACAAAGUUCAUAUCAUAGACACUGACAACAAGAAAGUAGAGCAAGUAUUUUCUGUAUCGGAGCGCAGUGAGCAGCAGGUCCGUUUCCUGUGUGCUGGAGGAAGUGGGGUUUGGACGUCCUGCAGACUUGACCCAAUCAUCAGGUUGUUUGACUGGACUACUGGACGACCGCUGCAGGAAGUCGACUUCACAUCUUUGAUCACUAAAACAUUAGGUCAGCCCUUCUUGAUGCUCUCACCUCUCCAGAUCUCCUCCCUCUCCAUCAUCUCUGGCCGUCUGUGGGUGGGCACUGGUGGCGGCGCCAUUUUUUCCAUCCCCCUGUCAAUAACGUCAGAGGAUAUUUCCAUCCCAUACUGCUCCACUACAUCAGUCCAGCUGUCGUAUCAUGGACACAGACAAGCAGUUCGAUUCAUCAUUGCUGCUCCUGGCUGUUUGAUCACGUCUCCUGGCAGCAGCCAUGUAACCACUGCUCAGCUCGUUCUCAGUGGAGGAGAGGGCUACAUCAACUUCCGAAUAGGAGAUGAUGCAAGUGAUGAGUCGACUGAGCUGUCUCAGUCGACACCCCAGCGGUCUGAACGUAGUCACAUGAUCAUCUGGCAGAUUCCCAGCCCUUCUGUGCCCAACCCUGCACUCUGAAUGUUCAUCUCCUGAGUCAUGUUGGACGUAAACAAGCAUUUACGGAACCAGAGUCUCCUCUCAGUGGUGCACUGAUCUGAACAAAAUAUCACUGUGGCAACAAAAAGCCUGUAAGAUGUGAUAAUUUUUCUUUUUUUUAUAUAUUUUUAAGUCCUGUACCUUGUUCGACUAGAUUUUGUCUUUCUAUGUGCCUUCAUCUGAUUUUUAUACCCAGUCUGUAUUUUUCAUCAGUUAUCAACUUUUUUUUUUUUUUAUCUGAUAAACUUUUGCACAAGCAAUGAAUUCAGGUUCACAAACAUUGAGAUCUCCAGUGGAACAAUAGAACAAUUCUCCAUCCUUGGAUCAUGAUGCUUGUUUUUUUUUUUUUUUUGGCUGCUGUUUGCAUAACUUUACUGGAAUACUGGAAGGGGGUUUGUUUUUUCCUUAAGCAUAAAGACAAUCAUGUCAAAAUCUUUUGACACUGCAUUCAAACUAGGAACUUGAUGUGUGGUCUUAUGUCCUGGGACAGGUAUCAAAUCCUGCCUCUUAAGUCCAGGUGGAGUAAUUGCAACAACUUGCACAUUAUAAAUGUGUCUCUGUAGAAUAUUCUUUUGAAUCUCUUUAAGAAAUUAUUUAUUUUUCCUGUUUGCCUAAUGAAUCAAAGUGCUUCAUGUCUUAAUGUGAUUUCUUAGUGCUUGUAAAAUAAGGGAGAGAUGUUCUUUAAAAUGUCAUUUGCAGUAUUAGUGUGGCAUUACAAGUAUAAGCAAACAUAUCACAGAAGCCUCCUUUUUUUUCUUGGACAGACUAAAGUACAGGUUCUCAAUCAAAUCUUGUAGCAUUGGUCAUUUUUUGAUGUUAUUGUGUAAAGCUGUAUCCAGAUUCAUAUCAAUAAAUUAAAAUAUAUUUCCAAAGCUAAGUCAGUUGAAGUAAAACUUGUCGAUACACAGAUGUAUUUCAAGUCUUUACUUCUGAUGAUGGCUUCCAGCUAAAGCAUGUCUAAACAUUUGUGACUCUGGAAAUUACAAUAUGACGUUCAACUGUUUUAAAUGUCGAUUUUAUUAUUAAUAUUUACUAACUUGACAUUGUUUUCCAAUAGAGAGUCAAUAAAACAUUUGAUAAAAAGGAUAAGUCACUAAGAAGAAGCUGGUUGUUCAAACCUGUGUAGUAAAGUUUAGUGGAAGAAAAAAGUGUACUAGGUCCACAAGCAGUAGGAAUAACCAGAGCCUA